CUCCCGGCCAUGCCAGCCUCUCCCGGCCGCCUCGUCCUCCUGGGCCUCAGCCUCUCCUUCUCCCUGGGCUCCUGCAACCCGCUGGCUCCCUUCGACCUCCUCUACGCCGACGGCGUGCGGGCGUACUUCGCCCAAGACUGGCCGCGGGCCGCCGAGCUGCUCCAGCGCUCCGUGCACAAUUACGCGCGCCUCCAAGACGCGCGCCGCCACUGCCAGCGCGGGUGCCGGGCCGAGGUGGGCUGGGCAGUGCCGCCGCUCCUCGGGCAGCCUUGGGAGACGGGCUUCUUCGACCGGGUGCUGCAGCGGGCCGAGUGCCUGGAGGAGUGCCUGGCGCGCCGCCUGGAGGGGCGGCCUUCCCUCCACCGGGCCGCCGCCGAGAUCGAGCGAGACUUCGAGGAGAGGGAGCCCUACAACUACCUCCAAGUGGCCUUCUUCAAGCUCAAGAGACUGGACGAGGCUGUUGCUUCCGCUCACACUUUCUUCGUGGCCAACCCUCAGCACUUGCAGAUGCGCGAGGACAUGGAAAAAUACCAGCGCAUGGCGGGAGUGAAAGCAGAGAGCUUCCGGGAUCUUGAGGCCAUGCCGCAUUGGGUGGCCUAUGAAGCCGGGCUGCAGCAUUACAGCGCGGAUGACUACCAGCAGGCGGUGGCAAAGCUGGAGGAGUCGCUCAGCGAAGGGCUGCUGGCGCUGCAGGAUUGCCGAGCCCUCUGCGAGGGGCUGCAGGAGGAAGAAGAGGAGGAGGAGGAGACUCAGCUUGGCCUCUAUGAAGCCAUUGCAGUCCACUACAUCCAGGUAUUGAAGUGCCGGCAGAAGUGCAUCCUUGACAUCGCCACCAAGCCAGGGAGGGUUUCUUCCGUUGAGGACUUCAUCCCUUCUCAUUUUGACCUGCUGCAGUUUGCCUACGGCCAAGUCGGGAACCAGGCCCUCGCAGCUGAAUGCGCAGCAACCUACUUGCUCUUCUACCCGUCAGAUGAAAGGAUGUUGGAGAAGAUGAAGCAAUAUCAGGCGGUGCUGGAGGGAGAAACACCUGUUGUUGCCAGAGAGGUGAUUCGCAGUUAUGUACAGAGGUCUCUCAUGGAGAAGAAACUGAUUUACUAUGCUGUGGAGCACCUUGGGGAAACUUUUGAUGACCCCGACCCGUGGACUCCAGAGGAGCUGAUCCCUGAGAGCAUAAGGGCAAAACACAGAGAAGACCAAGAGAGGCAGAGGCUAGAGGCCCCAGAUGUGGGACAGCAGCAGCAGCAGCAGCAGCAAAGAGGCCCGCUGUCCUUUGAAGGCGUGACCAUCUCCAUGGAUUCCCAGCAGCUCAAUGGGUCUCAGAGGGUCGUCUUGGACAGAGUCCUGACUGAAUCAGAAUGCAAAGAUAUCCUUCGCCUGGCCAAGGCAGCCAGUGGAUCAGGAGAUGGGUAUCGUGGCCGGCGUUCACCGCACACACCCCAUGAGAGAUUUGAAGGGCUAACAGCACUCAAGGCUUUGCAGCUAGCUGAGGAGGGCACCGUGAACUGGAGGGACGCUAAACUGCUCCUACAAGCCAGCGAGAAAUCCCGGGAAAUCGUGGAAUCCUAUUUCACCCCUGAGAAGAGACUCCACUUUUCAUUCACACACCUGGUCUGUCGCACAGCUACUGAAGGGGAACAGGAGGGUCGCAUGGACCUCAGCCACCCUGUCCACGCGGACAACUGCCUUUUGGACCCAGAAGGCAACACAUGUUGGAAGGAGCCUCCUGCUUACAUCUACAGAGACUACAGUGCAAUCCUGUACCUGAAUGAUGACUUCCAAGGAGGAAACCUCUUCUUCACGGAGAUGGAUGCCGUGACUGUCACUGCCCAGGUACGGCCAAAAUGCGGGAGGCUGGUGGCCUUCAGCUCUGGUGGGGAGAACCCCCACGGCGUGUGGGCUGUGACGCGUGGGAGACGCUGCGCCAUUGCCCUCUGGUACACCCUCUCUCAGGAGCAUUCUGAACAGGAAAGAGCCCAGGCGGAAGAGCUGGUGAAACAGAAGGAGUCAGAACAGGAAGAGUCUCAUUCAGACGGCAAGGAGAAGGCCGAAGCUGGCCACAGCACUGGAGACUCGCCAGAGCCUCCCACUCCCAAGGGAAGGGCCAGAUCCGCUGGCCGGAGGAGCAAGCAGUACUCAGAGUCCGGGGUACAGACCAAGGGGCUGCAAACCAGAGACGAACUCUGAGUAGAGAUGCAACUUGUGUGACUUUAAAUCUCUAAACUGGCCCCUCUGCGACAGGCUAAGGAAGUCUGCCUGAUUUUGCUAUUGACAUCGCAGCAAGGAAGGUGACUUCAGAAGGCGAUGCUUGAGUUACACUCGCCAUCUUCACCUGGAAGUCCUUUUGCCCCAGCCAAGGGGACUGAAGUUGUGAGCCCGUGCAUCAGAGGGGCCCAGAGAGACUUAGCUAUGAGCCACAAAUCCUCAGUUUCAAUUUGCCACGAACUUCUUGGGUGGCCUUAAGCAAGACACGCUUGCUCACUGUCUUUCUCUCCCCCUCAUCUGCAAUACGAAAAUACGAAUACUGAUCAGACUUACAGGGUUGUUGUGAGGGUGACUGAAAUCACAUGUGAAAAGUGCUGCAAACACUCCAAGGUGCUAUAUAAAUGGGAGGAAUUGUGAGUCUCCUGGUUCUCUCUCCCCCUCUUUUACACGGUCAUACGGGGUAACCCAAAGCAAACAAAAGGUGAAAAUUCUGAGAAGAGACGAACAGGGCUGAGAAAUUCUGCUGCAAUAGAAACCGGCCACCUCUGCUGGUCCAGCCACUCCUAAGCAGGGAUCUGGAGUCAGAAAGUUAAAGUAUGAAAUAAAGGAGAAACUAGAAAGACCUUCAAGCCUGAUGUUCUUGUCCAGAGGGUAACAGGCACGAGGAGCAGAGAAAGGCACACAAAGGGUGCAACUGUGCAAGUUUAUUUUUCAGGUUACAUUCCAAGAACAGCUAAGUGCUCUUCUCAACAGAUCCAAAGCAGAGGGCUCUGGUUCUAGGCUUGUAUUAGCCACAUGCACGAGAAUUAAGUUUCCUUCAUCAGGGUGUUGAACAUGGCCCCAGUGUUCCCUCUCUGCAGCUGUAUGCUUUGCAGAACUGAUCAUCAGUUCAUUUUAUAUCAUGGUCUGAAUAUAUUUGCUUUACUAAAUGGUU